AUGUCCUCCAGGGAUUUCACAUUAGCAAUGAUCUUCUUAUCACAGACUGUCGUUGGGAUCCUGGGAAAUUUCUAUCUUCUUUACCACUAUACCUUCUUCUACUUCACUGGACGCAGGUUAAAAUCCACAGACUUGAUUCUCAGGCAUCUGGUAACUGCCAAUUCCUUGGUGAUUCUCUCCAAAGGAAUCCCCCAGACAAUAGCGGCUUUUGGAUGGAAAGAUUUCCUCGAUGAUUCUGGAUGCAAACUUCUUUUCUAUGUUCACAGAGUGGCCAGGGGUGUGUCCAUCGGCAGCACCUGCCUCUUGAGUGUCUUCCAGGCCGUCACCAUCGGGCCCAGGAGCUCCAGGUGGGCCGAGCUGAAGCUGAAGGCUCCCAAGUACAUAGGCUUCUCCAUAGUCCUGUGCUGGGUCCUCUACAUGCUGGUAAACAUCAUGUUUCUUAGGAAUAUGACCAGCAACCGGAGGAACAAAAACAUCACAGUGGGAAGAGUUUAUGGAUACUGUUCUUCUGUGCUUCAUGAUGAAAUCACGUCGUCACUGAAUGCGGCAUUGUUAGUAUUCCCUGAUGUUGUGUGUUUGGGACUCAUGAUGUGGGCCAGCAGCUCCAUGAUUCUCAUCCUGUACAGACACAAACAGCGGGUCCAACAUAUUCAUAGGAACAACUUCUCCUAUAGAUCCUCUCCUGAGACCAGAGCUACGGUAACCAUCCUUCUCCUAAUGAGCACCUUUGUGUCGUUUUACACUCUGUCCUGUAUCUUCCAGAGUUUCUUAGCUGUUUUGGACGAUCCAGGUUGGAUGCUCGUGAACAUCGCUGCCCUGAUCACUGGGGGUUUCCCAACGGUGAGCCCCUUUCUUCUCAUGACUCAAGACUCCAGUGCGUUCAUGCUCUGCUGUGCCUGGAUAAGGAAGACAAGAUGCCCUGCGCUUGUGAGGACAAUGUAA